AUGACUCUCUUCUUGCCCCAUGCCGCUCCUAGCACCCAAGCCAUUGUGCUUUCACUCCUGAGCUCGCUCAAACAGGCCUCGAUGGAUAUACUGAGUGGCGGGACGGAAGCUUCGUUUCCUCCGGGUGGUCGCACUGAAGCGAGGACUUCGCGAAGCAAUGAUGAAGGGCUUGAAUGGGAUAUCUAUCAAACGCGAUUCGCGACCAUGGUACGUACACUCUUCAAUGUUGCUCUUGGCAAAUCGCCUGUCCGACCCGAGCUCUCAUGUCUGCUCCGCGCCUACUCCAAGUCGCCCCUCUUACUCGGCAUCGACAUCAUACGACUCAAGAACCUCCCAACUCUCCAACUCGCCACUGUAGUCACUCACGUCAAUCAACACCCAAUCGUCAUCCUCUUCGGCCUCCUUCUCCCCUCCAGUCAUAGGACUGUGGUGGCUUCAGUACUUCACUCCCUCAGCAAUCGUCGCAUUGGUGUCAAGAAUGCGGGCCCGGUUGAUGUUCCACUGGACAAUCUGCUGCGUUUUUUUGUUCUUCCCCCACGCCGCCAUCUUGUCACGGUGCUUGUCGACAAUCCAGAAGGGAUUCCACGUGCCUCCUUGCGCCUCGACAUUAGAAAUCUCCUCCUCCACGAUGGCUUCCAGCAUUAUGCGCGCCGUGGCUGCGUCGUGAGCAGCGCCGAGGAUGCACGCCUCUCCAUGCUCAGUCUCGAGUGCUUCCGAUGA